GCUCUCGCAGUCCAUCCGCCGGAGCCAGAAAGAUCACCUUCUGGUUUUCGUCACUGCCGAGGCCUUCAGCGCAGGCUUCCUCAGCGUGGCGACAUCCUUCCCCGGUGUUUCUGGCAGCGCCAGUGGUAUCCCACUCGGUUUGAACAGCCUGUGGUUCGGAGCCUUCUUCAGCCUCUUCAACAUGAUCCUCGGCGUUGCAUUCUACCUCUGGGGCGCCCGCAUUGGUCGGCUUUGCUUCCGAAGGCAGUGGGCAGCCGUCGUGCGAUUUUCCGAGGCGUGGCAGAAGGCAGCUAGGCAGCGAGCCUUGCGAAGCAAUGGCUUCUGCUGCAAAGCUUGGUAUGGUGAACGAUGGAAGUCACACAGAUCUCCGUCGGAGGGUUUCAUUUUCUGGCAGUGUUCUCCAACGGCGAUUGUUAUGCAUGGGGCAGCAACCAGUUUGGGCAAGUUGGUGCCAGACGGUUCUCGACAGGAUCGCCAUCAGCCGGUGUUCGUCCAUCAUGAGGUGCAGCUGGUGUCUGCAGGUUGGUACCAUAGCCUGGCGACUCUCCAAACCGGUGAGACCGUCGCUUGGGGUCGGAACAACUGCGGACAGCUGGGCGAUGGAACGAGGACAGAUCGCACAAGGCCUGUUCCGGUGCUUGGGCCAAUGGCGCUUGAAGGGACCAAGCUCAUGAAUGCAGAGCAGCUAGCUGCUGGCCAGGACCACAGCUUGGCCAUUGUCCAAGUGCCUGGACAUGGCAAGUCCGUCGUUUAUGGUUGGGGGGCGAACGUCGGGAAGCCAGUUGCAGACGAGGAUCGAUUUACAAUGGUGUCGCCAGAUGUGCUGUACCCGCAGGCUCUCAUUGUGGUCCGGAUCCCCAGCGCUGGGGUGGAACUUGCAUCGAGCCGCGCAUCGCAGCAGCCUCUGGGUCUUGAGGACAUCGUUCAAAUCAGUGCAGGCACUUCGCGACACUGGGGAGUUGUUUGCGUGGGGAGCGCAAGAACGGAUAUGGCCAGCUCGGAGACUGUGGCGCCCUCACUGGCAAGAUCCCGUGAGGAUGGAAGCAUCGUCGGCCUGCUUUUCAGGAAGGCCAUUGCAUGCCCAUUCCACAGACGCCAUAGACCCUGCCCCUGCCUUCCAUUUCUGGCAGACUCAGAGCUCGGGGCAAAGGUUGUUGCUCAGGAGGAAGGUUGGGCACGGGAGGCACCACGCACCUGCAGGCAGGCGCCGACGCCCGUCUUGGAAGGUGUGAAGUCGGUAGUCGCUGGCCACUGCCACUGCUUCGCGCUCCUGGAGUCGGGAGAAUGCCUAGGAUGGGGUGUGAACCAGCACGGCUGCGUCCGGGUGGGUGGGGAUCCUGAAAUCCUGGCUCCAGUCAAGGUCGAUCUCAAGGAGAUCGUGGAGAUCAAAGCAGGGGAUGGUACAACCUUAGCACGCCUAUCAAAUGGUGAGUAUGCCGUUUGGGGCCGCAACUGGCAGAACCAAAUCGCCUGCCUCAACGAUCUUGGAUUGAAUGUAGCAUUGAACUGGCGUCCAAGUGAUACGGUGCGUGGGGAAGUUGCCGUUGAGUCGAUGGCAGAUUCCAGCAACUACGAUAUCAAGGCCCUCAUGGCUUCAAAAGCAGCUCUCAAGGAAGGUCGAACGCCGCAUGGUGCGGCCGAAGUGGCCGCUGAGUUUGCCGGCAAGGCCGCCAUGGAGGUGGCUCGCGCCAGCGGCGCCAGCCUGCAGGAGGCUGCGGCAGCUGCAGGGAGAGCCGCGGCCAAUGCAGCCCGCACAGCUGGAAUGACGCAAGGUAUUUGCGCCAAGCUUGCGGCAAUCGCAGCGGGGCGGGCAGCUACCGAGCUUUCUUCAGACGUGGCCACAGCGGAAGAGGUGCCAAGUCGAAUGCAGAAGAGAAGCUGGGAUGUCGAGGCUUGCGAGCAGAUGGGAGAGUCCUAG